GAUAUAUAUAUUAAUAAAAAUUUUAUGGUGCAGAGUUGUUAAAGCAAAGCAGUACUUAAAACACACACUACAAGUCCCAACUGUUUGCUUUCUAUCUUCAUCUUCACUUGACUUGAGAUUACUUCACAUGGGACUUCCCUAACAGGUUAGAAAUAUAUAUAAAGCUUCUCUAAUCUCUUCCUACUCAUACACCACUCAAAGAUAAAAGAAAGUCAAACUUUUUUGAUCUUCAAAUCCAAGAAAUGCGUCUUGAAGCGUUAUUUGGAUGAUUGAGAUAUUUCUAUUCUAAAUCGAAGAACAAGAAGAAAUCGAUCAAUGGAGAAAUUGGGCCUACCAUUACCAUAUGAUAUGGAAUGCAUGAAGAUGGCCAUGUUAAAGCAUGAAGAAACGUUCAAACAGCAGGUAUAUGAGCUUCAUAGGCUAUAUCAAAUCCAAAGGCUUCUGAUGAAGAACAUGCAAAGAAGCAUGCAGAAUCAAGAAACAUGGAGCUUGAAAAAUGGAAGCAUAAGCUUCGAUUAUCAAAACGAUUACAAUUUCAACAUCAACAAGCUUCAAAACCAAGAUUUGGAACAUGAGCCAGCAAGUACUAACGAGUAUGAGAUCGAAGACGAGAGUGAAAUCGAGCUCACGUUGGGCCCCACACGUAGGAGGAACAAUCACAUGAAUCCGAGACAGUUAAAUAUUUCAAAUUCCAUGCCAAGUUUUUCAUCAUCUUCAACAAGUUCCAGUCAUAAAAGCAGAAUUACAGUAGAAAAUUCAAGAGUUUUGAGCGUAGAUAAACAACUGAGACAAGUUGAUAGAUCACUCAACCAGCCUCCAUGGCUCCAUCGUGUUUUGAUUUGAUCAAGAAAUGAUUGUGGGCUUUAAUUAUUACUUUAUAAGAAGAAAGAAAAAAAAAAUAGUGCAUGCUUUAAAUUUGUUUGUGUGUGUGUGUUUUCUUUAGAUGUUAGUAACUUGGUAUUUCAUAUACUAGGAUUUGAAUAUGAAGUUAUAUAUGGUUUUUAAUAUUUUAAUUAAGUUCGAUCUUUCGAGUAUCAA